CAGAGUCAGCUCUCUUCAUAAAGGAAAAGCACAGACUGGUCUGGAACUCAAGAGUGUGCCAGGAGGGUCCUACCCAGGUCUAAGUGUCUGGUGGGGUGGCAGCCAGGUGUUACCACAGGAGCCCAGUGGACAGGCGGACAUGGGGCUGCUGACAGGGGAUGUGCUGACAACUCUGGCCUUGGCCAUGGCCGUCUUCCUGCUCCUGGUGGACCUGAUGCACCGGCGCCCGCGCUGGGCUGCACGCUACCCACCAGGCCCCAUGCCACUGCCGGGACUGGGCAACCUGCUGCAGGUGGACUUCCAGGACAUUCCUUACUACUUCAGCAAGCUGCAGCGCCGCUUCGGGGACGUGUACAGCCUGCAGCUGGGCUGGACACCAGUGGUCGUGCUCAACGGGUUGGUGGCCGUGCGCGAGGCGCUUGUGAAGCACAACGACGACACUGCGGACCGCCCGCCUUCACCAGUCUAUGAGCACCUGGGCUUUGGGCCUCGCUCCGAAGGCGUGAUCGUGGCUCGCUACGGCCCCGCGUGGCGCGAGCAGCGGCGCUUCUCUGUGUCCACUCUGCGCCUCUUCGGUUUGGGCAAGAAGUCUCUGGAGCAGUGGGUGACCGAGGAGGCCUCCUGCCUCUGUGCUGCCUUCGCCGACCACGGCGGACGCCCCUUUAACCCCAGCGAACUCCUUAACAAAGCGGUGACCAACGUGAUCGCCUCGCUCACCUAUGGGCGCCGCUUCGAGUACAACGACCCGCGCUUCCUCCGGCUGUUGACUUUGGCGAAGGAGGCAGUUGGGGAGGAUUCUGGCUUCCUACGCGAGGUGCUGAAUGCUGUCCCCAUGCUCCUGCGCAUUCCAGGGCUAGCUCAGAAGGUCUUCCCUGCACAGAAAGCAUUCCUGGCUCUUCUGGAUGACCUGGUGACUGAGCACAGGAUGACCCGGAACCCAGCCGAGCCACCUCGAGACCUGACAGAUGCCUUCCUCGCCGAGGUGGAGAAGGCCAAAGGGAACCCUGAAAGCAGCUUCAAUGAUGAGAACCUGCGCCUGGUGGUGUCUGACCUGUUCUCUGCUGGGAUGGUGACCACCUCCACCACGCUGGUCUGGGCCCUCCUGCUCAUGAUCCUGCACCCAGAUGUGCAGCGCCGAGUACAACAGGAGAUCGAUGAAGUAAUAGGGCAGGUGCGGCGACCAGAAAUGAGUGACCAGGCCCAUAUGCCCUUCACCACCGCCGUGAUUCACGAGGUGCAGCGCUUUGGGGACAUCGUCCCCCUGGGUGUGCCCCACAUGACAUCCCGAGACAUCGAAGUGAAGGGCUUCCUCAUCCCCAAGGGGACAACACUCUUCACUAACCUGUCAUCAGUUCUGAAGGAUGAGACGGUCUGGGAGAAGCCCUUCCGCUUCCACCCGGAACACUUCCUGGAUGCCCAGGGUCGCUUCGUGAAGCCAGAGGCCUUCAUGCCUUUCUCAGCAGGCCGCCGUGCAUGCCUUGGGGAGCCGCUGGCCCGCAUGGAGCUCUUCCUCUUCUUCACCUGCCUCCUGCAGUGCUUCAGCUUCUCGGUGCCUCCCGGACACUCCCCACCCAGUGACCAUGGUGUCUUUGCCUUCCUGGUUAGCCCUUUCCCUUACCAGCUUUGUGCUGUGCCCCGCUAGAGAGGGGCACCAAGUCCACAACCUGUUCCCCAGCCAGGACCCUGAUGUGCAAUAAACCAAUGUGCUUACCCCAACCCAGGCCCCUGACCACCCCUGGCUGCCAUGGGGCCUCACAGCCUCUCUGGGGACAGCACACCCCUGCCUUAUCUGUGCUUCCCUGAUAACCACCUGGCCUCAUCUGUGAGAAGGGUUUGUUGAGGUUUAGAGAAUGUCACUGAGACUUGCCAGUAACUCCAGGACCUCCAGUGACCAACUCUGUCUGCCCCGACUGGUGACAAGGACUACCUGGUCCUAGCUUCUGGGGAAGUCGCCAGACUAGGCUGCCCAGCGGCAGCAGUCAGGACACUGGGAGCAGCCUGGGGAACCACACUUGAGUCCCUACUGCACCCACCCACCUGGGCCAGCAGCCUUGCCAGCACCACCCACAGUUCCUCAUUUCACAUUCAACACCCCUAAGAGGGUAGAGAAAUCCAGAAGCCAGGAGGGACGUGCCAGGGUGACCACCCAUGCCUCAAACAUUAGGUGUCAGAAGCAAGGCCAGGAGGGAGCCCCCACCCUGAGCCUCUCAGUCACCCAAGAAAAGAAUGACCACCUCCCCCUAGCCCUCAGGGAUGCUGUGUCCAGGCCCCUGACCAGUGAGGAGUCACCACUGAGAACCAGACAGGAGACGAAGGAGGACACCGUCCGGGCUCCAAGCCAGCGUGCCAUCCUCAGAGGGUCUGUGCCAGCCAGGAGCCACAGGCUUGGCCAGGCCAGGGAGUGAGCGUCUGGGCUGCAGGCCUGCCCAGGGUCAGGGGCCUACUUUCAGCCCAUGUGGCACUGGAGUGGGCAGAGAAGGAGAUGGCAUGGCCAGCUGAGAGGAUGAGACCCUGGCUCUGGUCCUUGAGAGUGACCGUGGCUCCUCCCUCCCUGACCUGGGCCUCUGUUCCCCUUCUGCCAGUGGGAAAGUUGCACCAGGUGGCCGCCGAGACCUGUCUUCCUUCUCUGACUUCUGCAGUAAUGACCCUUAUAGGCCUCACGUCCCCUCAAAAAACAGAGACUGCUGUCCUCUACCUCUGUGCCCACCCUCCACAAUGGCUGGUCUGGACGGGAUACAAGGGUAUCCAUGGUCUCUAAUGACCAUCUGCUUCCCUGCAUGCUGGUGGUCAUUUAGGACACAGCCUUGAACAGAAACAGCACACUCAGAGCAGGAGCCUCCCAAAGUCUUCUUUGGCCUGAGGACCUCUGGAUGGCAUCCCUGAGAGGUUCACACCACCUUUUUUUUUUUUUUUGAAACAGAGUUUCAUCUUGUUGCCCUUGGUAGCGCCAUGGUGUCACAGCUCACAGCAACCUCAAACUCGUGGGCUUAAGCCAUUCUCUUGCUUCAGCCUCCCGAGUAGCUGGGACUACAGGCACCCACCACAAAGUCUGGCUAUUUAUUUUUUGAGACAGGGGUCUCGCUCUUGUUCAGCCUGGUCUCAAACCCAUGAGCUCAGGCAAGCCACCUGCCUUGGCCUCCCAGAGUGCUAGGAUUACAGGUGUGAGCCACUGCGCCCGGCCUUACACCAACCUUUUCAUUAAUGCCCUUGUGACAGGGACCUGCCCAGCUCUCAGCACUACAGGGACCUUUGUCUCCUGCCUCUGAGUCAGAAAGCUGGCCAGGCCAGAGUGGAGUCCCUGAAGCUGUGGGACAGGGCGUGUGGAUGGCCAGGCCAGAGUGGAGUCCCUGAAGCUGUGGGACAGGGCGUGUGGAUGGCCAGGCCAGAGUGGAGUCCCUGAAGCUGUGGGACAGGGCGUGUGGAUGGCCAGGCCAGAGUGGAGUCCCUGAAGCUGUGGGACAGGGCGUGUGGAUGGCCAGGCCAGAGUGGAGUCCCUGAAGCUGUGGGACAGGGCGUGUGGAUGGCCCAGGCCAGGCUGUCUGAGGAGACAGACCCUCAAAGGAGGCAGCCGGGCCUGCAGAAGCAGCAGCUCACAGAUUGACUGGGUGCUUCUCACUCGUUCUCUGAGUCUCGGGGUUGUCCGAGGCAGGGACCCAGCUCCACAGCUUCCUCAGGAGCAGGGGGACCCAGCUCCUGGGCCUCCACUCCUUUCUGUCCAUCUCGGGGGCCUCUAGGAACCACACACAGGCAUGCCCUCUGGGGUCCCUGCUGAGAGGAAACUUCUCCCAGGGCCAGGGAUGAACUGUCCACCUUGGCUGCCUGGGGGCCGAGUCAGCUGUCAUAACAGGGUAGGUGUACAGGCAGCUGAGAGGUGACCCACGUUUCUUGCCGGGGAGGCUCACAGGAGCAUCGAGGCAUCUGGCUACCUGCACAUAAUCCCUGACUUUGAGGAGUGUGGCUUCAUCUUACCAGGUCUGACAAUUAAGUUUGUGAACUUUUCACCAUGCACUUACUUCAUAGCACUGUACAAACAGCUCAGAAGGUUUUGUAACCUGGGUCCAUAAGUGUCUCAUAGCUGUGCUACGUCGAUGUGUGCCAGUGCUUUGCUGAGGGGUAUCAUUGUUACAUGGGUUUGUGUGCUAUCAUGAGAAUGUCAGAGCUUGAAUUAGAGCAAUGAACAAACAUUCAUAAAUGUCUUGUUAAACUUAGCAGGAACGAAUGUGAAAUCAGGGACAUGUUGAUCCAAGCUUAUAGGGAGAAUACCAUGAAGAAAACAGCAGUAUACAAAUGGAUUAAACUUUUUUCUGAACAGAGAGAAAGUGUCACUAAUGUCGAGAGAUCAGGGUGGCCAAUAGUGAGCAGAACUGACAAAAACAUUGCAACAAUUUGUCAAAUUGUGUGUCAAAAUCAUCAGUUGUGAGAAGUAAGCAGGCCAAGUGAACAUCCAUAGAGAAAUAGUAAAAGCUGAACCAAAAUUCUUGGCCCACGACUCUUGGCUCUAGCAACACAACGAUGCACCAGCUCACACGGCGCUGUCGGUGAGGGAGAUUUUAGCCAGUAAACAAAUAACUGUAUUGGGACACCUUCACUACUCAUCUGAUCUGGCUCUCAGUGACAGUUUUGUUUACCCGAAGAUAAAGGAAAUCUUGAAAGGAAAACCUUUUGAUUCAGAACUUCAAGGGUAAUACGAUGACAGCUUUGAUGGCCAUUUCAAAAAAAGAGUUCCAAAAUUACUUUGAAGGGUGGACUAGGCACUGGCAUCAGUCUAUAGCUACUUUGAAGGUGACCAUAGAGAUAUUCAGCAAUGAGGUAUGUAGCACUUUGUCUAGGAUGAGUUCAUCAAGUUAAUUGUUUGAUUUCGUAUGCUUGACUGAUGACAACUGGUAUCACCCUUCCUUUUUUCCUUUUCUCCAACAUUGGGACAAGCUGAGAAUAGAGCCCUGGGGCUCUCUCCUAGGCCCCAGUGGGAGACGCAGACUACCAAGCACCUGCCUACCAAAGCAGGCCCUUGCCCCAGCCCAGCUCCACAGAAACAAAGUAAAAUCCAGGCCAGUUUCCUUUCCCUGCUCUCUCAAGCUCUCUGGGACCUGCUGGGACACUGGCCUGCUUCCCCCAUGGCCUCAGUGAUCAAAGAAGCUUUGUAUCCCCUUCUGGCCUGUGCAUGGCAUCACCUGCCUGGACAUCCAUACCACGUUAUGUCUGGGGCUCACUUUCUUUUGCAGUGUGCCCACUACGAGAGCCUAAAGGCUUCCAGAGUUUAAAGAACAAAGAGGUCUCAGGUUUAGGAAUUCAAGGAGCAUCAGAAUUCCCAGCAGCAGCCCUUAAAGGCAAAACCAGCGAGAAAGGUCAUGGAACGUGUACAGAAUAUUACAGGGGUGUAGAACUCCAUACCCAGCCUGUUAGUCCUGUGUGGACCAAGACAUUUUAAGAUAUCAUUGGUCUCCCAAAUACUCCUCAAAUGAGCAGUGAUAUCUGAAAAUGGCACAUCUCUGAAAAUGUACCACUCCAUGAGGGUUAUGAAAACACUGACAAAGGGCGGCACCUGUGGCUCAGUCGGUAAGGCGCCGGCCCCAUAUACUGAGGGUGGCAGGUUCAAACCCGGCCCCCGGCCAAACUGCAACC